UAGGGUUUUUGAAUUUUCAGUGUUUCACUCGAAUGGCGAGGUACCGAAGCCGGAGCAGAAGCUACAGCCCUCGCCGGCGAAGCCCAAGCCCACCGCGUGUGCGGAAGCGCCACGAUGAUCGCCACCGUGAUAGCAGGUCCUACAGAGACCGCCGCUCCCCUGGUCCUUCUGGCUUGCUUGUUCGCAAUCUUCCACUCGAUGCUAGACCCGAAGAUCUUAGGCUCCCUUUCCAGCGCUAUGGCCCCAUCAAGGACGUUUAUCUUCCCAGAAAUUACUACACUGGUGAGCCUCGGGGCUUUGGGUUUGUGAAAUUUCGAUAUGCUGAAGAUGCAGCAGAAGCUAAGCAACAACUUAAUUACACUGUCAUUGGUGGACGAGAAAUAAGAAUUGUGUAUGCUGAAGAAAAUAGGAAAACUCCUCAAGAAAUGCGUGUAACUUCUCGUGGAAGUGAUCGACCUGGAGGAAGCGGUAGAAGGAGGACUCCUACAAGAUCUCCUAGACGCCAAUAUCAUUCCUACUCUCGGUCUCCAUCACCAGCUAGGGAUGAUUCAAGGCUGGUUUACAUAAUAAAUCUUGAUGAUGAUGAUUGUACUGUUUCCUUGCUGGGUUAGAGCAAAAAUUUGCAGGUUGACUGCUUACUGUUUGCCAGUUGUUAAGGGUGGCAUACAAUCCUUUGACCUUGACGACCCUCCAUUUGAAUGAAUUGAAUGAUGUCUGCUUAUGGUCUUCUUUAUGCAGAUAAUAAAGUGAAUUGGAAGAAUUUAAAGACUUCUGGAUUAAUAAAGAUUAACGAGUAAAGAGGCAUAAAGUGAUGCACUACUUGCUUACAUUUCUAUCAAGACUCCAUAAGAAAUACCUAUAUCAAAUUUGCCUUAUUCUACCAGUUGCAUGGGCUUUCCCUACUCUCUGGCAUUUUGUUUGUGAGGCUUGCUUAUUGAGUGAUCUGGCAAACGCUUUAACAUGGCAAGAAGAUUGGUUCAAAUAAGUACUACUGUUUUUGUCCUUUUAUAAAUUUUCUUUAUACAUUUUAUUUAGUUUAAUAUCUUGCUUUGCAUAUACCAUCCAGUUAGAAAGAAUAUAAAGCUUAUAGUUGGCCCAAGAAAAUCACCCUCAAAGAAAGGAAGCCAAUGUUUAUACUGGUAGAGAUAUGGUGACAUUGUGCAAGAAAGUUAAUUGUGAUUUUAGAAAGUUGGGGCAAAGAGUAUGAAGUUACCAGAUGCUGAUCUUGCAGUACAUCAUUCAUAAUUCUCAGUGUUUGGAUUCAAGUGUCAUGUAUUUGUCCAGAAACUCUGGAAAGGUACAGGUAAAGGUCAUAUUUUGGCUAAUUAAAUUUUGAAGAGGAAGUAAGUAUUAGUUCUCCCAUAUAUAAACAAAAAUUAUUUAUUAAAAAGAAAUUAACAAAUUUUGGUUUGAAUGACUUUGUGCUUUACUGUCUGUAUAGUUUGUUUUAGUUGCAAAUAUUCAGAUAUCUUGAGAUACUUCUGGGUUGGUGUUCUACUUUCUUGAUAUGUGGAGUAUUAUAUGUUUUGAUUUAACAAUCAUUACUAAUAUCAUUAUAUAACUAAUCUCCCUG